AGUGUUCAAUAGCAGCUGAUGAAACAACAGAGAGCCAGCACACAAACUAAACCAAGAUUAACAUCCACAAUUAAUAUUAAAACAGUAUUAUGCAAUGGCGGCAUUGGUGACCCUUCCUUUUUUCGCACCCUGUGAUCCAACCCCCACUAUCAAUUAAUAUCGGAUUGUGGACCUAUAAAAGGUGGCAACUGACAAUCGAUCAGCACCGACUCAUUCACCAUGUCUCGUCACAGCAAGGUCGUUUCUCAGGUUCUCUUCUCGGUGGGACUUGUGGUGUUACUUCUAGCCACAUGUAAGACGGACGGAGCGAGCGUGGCGGUCGAUUCGACCAAGGAUUCGUCGUAUGUCAAACCUGCAGCAGCUGAGACGGACAAAAAGGAGGCCGCCGCCAAGGACCAGCAGGAGCAGCUGGACCCUCGCAUUGGUGGUUAUUCUUUACCCGCUAGCAGUUACGGCGCUUACCAACCGAGUUAUGCUGCGCCUGCCUACCCGAGUUCCGGUUCCGCUUAUUCCGGCGGAUUGGCUUACGCUCCAGCUGCCCAGCAGACUUAUUACGGUGGCGCUUCUUACGGAGCCUCUCCUGCCUCUUACGGAUCACCGGCCUACAGUGCUCCUGCAUCUUCUUAUGGUGCCACUCCUGCACCCGCUUACGGUGCAUCAGCUUACGGGGUCACUCCAGCAGCUUCUACUUAUGGCGCUACACAGGCUUAUGGUGUCACUGCUGCUCCCACUUACGCCACUCCAGCUUCCAGUUAUUCCGCACCAGCCGCAUAUGGCGUCACCCAGGCUUAUGGAAACAUGCCUUCGUACAGCGGAUCGGCUUACGUGACUCCAGCUCCUGCCUACGGCGCAUCUUACGGCGUCACUCCUGCUUACGGUGCAGCAGCCUAUGGUGUCAACUAUGGCAACAUGGCGUCAUCAUACGGUGCAUCAGCUUACGGUGUUACUCCGGCUCCCGUUUACAACAUGGCAUCUUCUUACGGCGGAGUCUAUGGUGUCACUCCAGCCCCAUCUUACGGUAUGGGCUCUUCCUAUGGCGCAUCUGCUUAUGGAGUUACCCAGGCCCCCACCUACGGCAUGGGAUCUUUUUACUCUGGAUCGUCUUACGGUGCCACUCAAGCUCCGGUCUAUGGCGGAUCUUCUUACGGUGUCACUCCGGCCUACGGCGGUUCAGCUUACAGCGCCACUCCGGCCUACGGUGGAUCUGCUUACGGCAACAUGGCGUCUUCCUACGGCGCAUCCUCUUAUGGUGUAACACCUGCUUCUAUCUACAACAACUUGAACAACUACGGAAUGGGAUCGUCCUACUCUGUGCCUUCCUACUACUCCGCUCCGGCUUAUCCUGUUACUCCGGCUCCAGCAUACAACAGUUACAUGAUGGGCUCCUCUUACGGAUCUUAUGGCGCCACUCCGUCUCCCUACAUGUCUUAUGGCGGAAAUUUGAAUAUGCCCAACGUUUAUGGUGGAUCGACUUACGGCGCUGGAGGCUACACUGGUAGCAGUUACGGCGUUGCAUCGUCUCCUUACUCUUCGUACGGCGUUUCUUCCUAUCCGGAUGCUUACUAUUCAACUGGAUACGGCGGAGCUUACGGAACCGGAUACAACGGCGGCUACAACAUGAACCGAUACGGAAGCAUUGCUGCAUACUAGUCUUACCUUUCCGUCCGUUUGUUAUUUAUUGUUGAUAUUAUGAAAUCAAAUAGAAGUAUUAAUUUAACUGAAA